AUGAGCAAGGGCUUCUACACGCCCGAGGAGUGGAAGGCCGUCGGCUGGGCCAAGCUCGAGGAGGCCGCCGACCACGUCCUCACCUGGAUCACCGCGGCCGGCGUGAAGGGACUCAGGGCCGAGAUCGUGGCCGACCGCGAGCAGGACCUGACCCCCGCCAUCCUCGUCGAGAUCGACGGCGACCUGCCCGAGACCUACUUCUUCUACGGCCACUUCGACAAGCAGCCGCCCUUCGUCGGCUGGAACGAGGGCCUCGGCCCCUACGCCCCCGUCCUCCACCCCUCCGCCGGCAACCCCGAAAAGCUCUACGGCCGCGGCGGCGCCGACGACGGCUACUCCUCCUACGGCUCCAUCCUGGCCGUCAAGGCCCUGCAGGCCCAGGGCGUCCCCAUCCCGAGUAAAUUAUGGCCGACGCAGGGCGCCACAGACUACGAAAGGCUUUGGAUCACCACUUCCCUCCGCGGAUACGCCAUCGCAACCGUGCGCAUCGACGUCCUCAACGAAGGCGUACACUCGGGAUCAGCCUCAGGACUAGUCCCCUCCUCUUUCCGCAUUUUGAGACAGCUCAUCGAAAGGCUUGAGAACCAGGAGACUGGCGUUAUGGCUGAGUAG